CCACGGCAUAUCUCGGUUGUACAAUGCGGGAUGAUCGAGCUUGGAAAAGACCAAAUGACCAGCCACCUAAAAGACGAAGUGAGGCCCGAGCUCCUAUUGAAAGAUAUGAAUGUGCAGGAAAUAUUAGAAUUACUAUGUUCGUGGAGGAGCAGUAUGCAAUUAUUCAGGGAAACCAUCAAGUGGUGCACGAAAAGCCAAAGUAUCGUCAA